UGGAAUAUUGUAAUAUGAAUUGAGGUGUCUGGUAAUGUGUGCCAUCAACAAAGUGGACAAACUUUGCCACGACCGGAGGCCCACGCUAGCACCUCUCCGACUAUACAGGGUUGAGUUUGGUUGUGGAAGAAGGUUUGGUGAGGCUAAAACUGUAAAGUCACGGAGGGCGGCUGAGUAAAGGUGACGCCUUUAAAAGGGUUUCAGGAGAGUCCCGGGAGGCAAAUCAGGCAAUACAAUCGAUAAGAUCCUCAAGGCCGUAAGGACCCGUAUCAGUAACAAACUCAUAGAGAAAGACCCACUUUUUGUAUUCCAGAAGUACCAUAAAGAUGGAAUCAGAGAAUACACAACAUUCCCAGAUUAUUGAGAUCCAUGGAGAUGCUCCUGGUGAAGAGACGAGUGUGGGUGGGAGUAAGAUUUGUGGGGAAGCACCGUGUGGACUGUCGGAUGUUGGACCACAUUCUAAAGAUUCCAAAGAACGAUCAGCUGCCAUGCGCAAGCUCUUGAUAGCAGUGGUACUCUGUGUUCUCUUCAUGGGUGUUGAAGUGUUUGGUGGCAUUGAAGCCAAUAGCUUAGCAAUAUUGACUGAUGCAGCACAUUUGCUCUCUGAUGUUGCAGCCUUUGCCAUCUCCUUGUUCUCCUUGUGGGCUGCUGGCUGGGAAACCACUCCCCGUCAGUCUUACGGCUUUUUCAGGAUUGAGAUUCUCGGUGCUUUGGUUUCUAUCCAACUCAUAUGGUUGCUUGCUGGGAUAUUGGUGUAUGAAGCCAUUGUUAGAAUGAUUAAUAACACAUCUGAUGUGAAUGGUUUUCUGAUGUUUCUUGUUGCUGCAUUUGGUCUAGUGGUUAAUAUUGGCAUGGCUGUACUGUUAGGCCAUGAUCAUGGUCAUGAUCAUGGCCAUGGCCAUGGUCAUGGUCACGGCCAUGAUGAUCAUGAUCAUCACAGCCAUGGAAUGAUAUUUUCUACUCAUCAUCACCAUCACCAUCACCAUGAGGAACACUCGAAUGACGAGCACCAUCAUGAUCAUGAAGAACACUCGCAUGAUGAACACCUUCACAGUCAUGAUGAUCAUAAACACAAUGGUGCUGAUGAAGGUCAUGCUCAUGAGCCACUCUUGGACAAGCCAAAAGACGGGCAUGGCCAGAAGAAGCAACGGAACAUAAACGUGCAGGGAGCUUACCUUCAUGUUCUUGGGGACUUGGUUCAAAGUAUCGGUGUAAUGAUUGGUGGGGCCAUCAUAUGGUACAAGCCGGAAUGGAAGAUAGUUGAUUUGAUUUGCACCCUAAUAUUUUCUGUCAUUGUUUUGGGGACAACUUUCAAGAUGAUAAGGAACAUACUUGAUGUACUAAUGGAGAGCACACCAAGGGAGAUUGAUGCAACGAAACUUGAGAAGGGGCUGUUGGAGAUGGGAGAAGUGGUGGAAAUCCAUGAGCUGCAUAUAUGGGCAAUCACAGUUGGGAAAGUCCUGCUGGCUUGCCAUGUGAAAAUCAGACCUGAAGCAAAUGCAGACAUGGUGCUGGACAAAGUGAUUGAUUAUAUCAGAAGGGAGCACAACAUCAGCCAUGUGACUAUACAAGUUGAGCGUUAACGAGCUCUUUGAAGGUUAAGAUCAGGAUACGGUGAAGGAUUAAAUUGAUCAUAUGGUUGCAUAUAUACUCUUCUUAGAUGAGGUCCAGAUUUUUAGUAUCAGCAUUGAUGUCUAGGCAGUGCUUUGCUAAUCUUACCAAAGAUGCAUGUUUUUGGUGCCAAGUAAUUAUAUUGUGGUUACUGGUUAGGAGAUGAAGAAACUGUAGAAGUGCCAGUUUGCAGCCACCUUGAUUCUUAGUUUCUUACUGUCACAAGUAUAUGGGAGGUAACUGGUUCCCUCUCGGUGCAAAUAUAUUGAAAACUGCAUGAUGGCAAAAUAUGCAUUGGUUACACUUGACUUGAUUGGUCUGUAACAAUUUGCAUGACAUUGUAAUAUUACUUCUUAAAAUCGGAAUUGCAUAAGAGUUUAGUGUCUUGCAACUC